AUGGCUCCCCCGCCCAAGCCGGCAGAGACCGCCGCCUGCGCUCGCAGCGCAUCAAUCAUUAACCGGCGCGGCGGGGGAGGCGGGCACAGAGCAGGAGCCGGCAUCACGUUCUGCCGCGGGGGGGGACUCGGGGCCCCAAGCCGGGCAGGGUCUCGGUCUCCUCCAGCGGCAGGGGCUGAAUUACCGCGAGGCUGGGCUCCUCUGCAGGAGGAGCUGCCGCCGCGCGUCGGCUGGGGCGAUGCUGCCGCUGCUGCAAUGAGUGAUGCUGGCGGGGGGAGGAGGAGGAGAAGCACAAAUCCACUGCAAUUCCUCCUCCGGCGGCAGCGGGGAAAGCGGCUUGUCCUUCGCCGGCUUACAUCACCAGCCCCGCUCCGGCUCCGGCUCCGGCUCCGGGGCCCCAAAGGCGCCCUCUCCUCCCCCCACCGCCACCCCCGCAGAGGAGCGGCGCCGCGGCGGGCCGAGGGGGCUGGGGAGGGGGGCACCAUGCCUGGAGGCCGGGCAGCAAAGGACCAGGCGCCUCCCCCUCCUCCCUCUGCCCCCCUGCUGCGCUGGGACGAGGUGCCCGAUGACUUCGUGGAGUGCUUCAUCCUGUCGGGCUACCGGCGGCUGCACUGCAGCGCCCAGGAGUGCCUGGCCUCGGUGCUGCAGCCCACCAACGAGACGCUCAACUUCUGGACCCAUUUCAUCCCCCUGCUCCUCUUCCUGAGCAAGUUCUGCCGGCUCUUCUUCCUGAGCGGGGCCGGCGAGCUGCCCUUCCACCACCCCCUCCUGCUGCCCCUCUGGUGCUACGCCUCGGGCGUCCUGCUCACGUUUGCCAUGAGCUGCACGGCCCAUGUGUUCAGCUGCCUCUCGCUGCGCCUGCGCGCCGCCUUCUUCUACCUGGACUACGCCUCCAUCAGCUACUACGGCUUCGCCAGCACCGUGGCUUAUUCCUACUACCUGCUGCCCGGCCUGCGUCUGCUGGACGCGCGGGCCAUGAGCCGCUACCUGCAGCAGCGCCUGGGCUGGCAGCUGGACUGCAGCCUCCCCAUCGCCCUCUACAGCGCCCUGGUGCUGCCGGUGGCCUUUGUGCUGGCCGUCACCUGCACCGUGGCGUGCUGCAAGAGCCGCUCCGAGUGGUGCGCCUACCCCUUCGCCAUCCGGACCUUCGUCUUCGCCAUGCCCCUCAGCAUGGCCUGCCCCAUCAUGCUGGAGAGCUUCCUCUUCGACCUGCGGGGGCAGAACCCCACCCUCUUCGUCUACUUCUAUAGGCGUUACUUCUGGCUCCUGGUGGCCGCGUUCUUCAACAUCAGCAAGAUCCCCGAGAGGAUCCAGCCGGGGCUGUUUGACAUCAUCGGGCACAGCCACCAGCUCUUCCACAUCUUCACCUUCCUCAGCAUCUAUGACCAGAUGUACUAUCUAGAAGAAGGGCUGCUGCAGUUCCUCAAAUCCCCACCUGCCUCCCCUACCUUCCUAGGCACCAUCGGAUAUAUGCUGCUCUUAAUGCUUUGCCUGGGAAUGGUCAUAAGGAAAUUUUUGAACGUUGCAGAUCUCUGCAAACAGGACUAG